UGGGUAGAUGUAUUGUAAAACGUGUUACAAAAGUUUGAAGUUAGUUCCAUAUUCAUAUAAAUCAUUUUGACAUUGUCAAGUGUGGAAACCACUCGACAAAAUGAGCAGCCUCUGGAUGGGCAAUCUAGAGCCUUACAUGGACGAGCGCUUCAUUGCGCGUGCCUUCGCCACCAUGGGGGAGCUGGUGAAAGGAGUGAGGAUCAUCCGCAACAAAUUAACCGGGGUCGCCGCUGGAUACUGCUUUGUGGAGCUGCCUGACGAAGCCACAGCAGAGAGGUGCCUACGUAAGGUUAAUGGCAAACCUCUCCCAGGAGCAACACCGCCUAGGAGAUUCAAAUUAAAUCGGGCCAACCACGGGAGGCAGGGAGACAACAGUCAGUGCUUCUCCCUGUUUGUUGGGGAUCUGACCCCAGAGGUGGAUGAUGGGAUGCUGUAUGAAUUCUUCUUCAAUCGCUUCCCAUCCUCCCGAGGGGGGAAGGUGGUCCUGGAUGCCAUGGGCAACUCCAAGGGCUGUGGGUUUGUGCAGUUCCCAGAUCAGAGGACACAGAGGCGGGCACUGGAGGAGUGUCAGGGAGCUGUGGGGCUUGGGGGGAAACCACUGCGUCUGUGUCUGGCAGCAAACAAAACGAACAGAAACAACUCAUCAGAUAGCCAGUAUUCCCAGACAUACUCUUACAGCUACAAUCACAACCACGACCAGUACCACCAGCAGUACUCUAGCUACUACUCAGACUGGGGUUACCACGAGAACUACAGCUAUGCGUGUGACCAGUAUGACCUCACACAGACUUCCACACAGAAUUAUGAAGAGGUUGAAGAUGAUGAUCUGGAGGACCCUAACCCCACACUGGAUGUGCUAGAGGCUAACAGGCAGUACAUGGACCGGAGUGAGGAGCUUUACGAUGCACUGAUGGACUGCCGCUGGCUGUCCCUGGAUUCCUGCGGGGAAAACCGAGACGUUGCCGCAAUUGGCCCAGAGGAAAUCGCCGACCCCCUUAGUCCUGUAACGCUUUCUUUCAGUUGGGAUCUCUAUUUUCGCUAGUUUUU